AUGAUUCCGAUCAAUGUAAAGAUCUGCAUGAUGAACCUGCAGUUUUUGUAUGCAAAUGUCUGUUUUACCAUAAAGGAAAACCAGGGGAGAAUUAAAGCGCUCCUUAAAAUAAUAGGAGAAGGAAUAGUGAAAUAUGGUUUUAGAACAUUGCCCUCAGAAAUGACUAUAAAAAACAGGCUAAAAUAUUUCAUAGAAGUCUCUGAGUUCUAUUUCAACAAUAAGCAGUAUAAUUUAAAUAGACGAAUGAACAAACAGGUUAUAGAAAUAAGGAAUAGUUAUAGAAAUACGUUAUUAAAGGAAGAUAAAGAAAUAUUGAAGAAGAUUCAGAAAAUAAUUUGUAAGAAUUGCUAUGCGAGCAAAGAAAGAGAUGGACAGUGUGCGUUGUGUGUGUAA